AUGGAUAGUACUACUACUUCAACAUCAUCAACAACAUCAACAACCACAACUUCGACAACAGCAUCUACAUCAAGAAUUAAUGGUAGACCUUUAAAGAUAGAUUUACAUACUCAUAUAUUGCCAAAGAAUUGGCCUAACUUGAGAGAGAAAUAUGGUUAUGGAGGUUGGGUAUCAUUGGAUCAUCAUUGUUCGUGCAAGGCAAAGAUGAUGAUCGAUGGAAAGUUCUUCCGUGAGAUCGAGUCCAAUUGUUGGGACCCAGAGGCAAGGAUAAAGGAGGCCGAUCGCGAUGAGUGUGACAUUCAGGUGCUCUCCACCGUGCCCGUCAUGUUCUCCUACUGGGCUAAGCCUGGCGAUGCCCUCGACCUGGCACAAUACCUCAACGAUCACAUCGCACAAGUUGUCAGCGAGAACCCCAAGCGCUUCGUCGGUCUCGGCACUCUGCCACUGCAAGACAUCGAAGCAUCCAUUCAAGAGCUGCGCCGCUGCAUUCUCGAGCUCGGCCUUGCUGGCGUGCAGAUCGGCACCAACGUCAACGGCGCCAACCUCGACGACCCACGUCUAUUCCCCGUCUUUGAGGAGGCCGAGAAACUGGGCGCCUCCAUCUUCAUCCAUCCAUGGGAGAUGCUGGGCAAGGAUCGCAUGCCCAAGUACUGGCUGCCCUGGCUUGUCGGCAUGCCUGCAGAGACCUGUCUUGCCAUGUGCGCCAUGAUCUUUGGCGGUGUGUUUGAGAAGCUUCCCAAGCUCAAGGUGUGCUUUGCUCAUGGCGGUGGUUCAUUCCCCUUCACAAUCGGACGUAUUGAGCAUGGUUUCCAAGCAAGACCAGACCUGUGUGCCGUCGACAAUCCCAUCAACCCAAGAGACUACAUUGGAAGGUUCUGGGUAGACUCGUUGGUGCAUGAUGAGGAGGCAUUGAAGUUCUUGGUCAAGCUGAUGGGCGCCUCCAAGGUGUGUCUGGGCACAGACUAUCCAUUCCCCCUGGGCGAGCAGGUCCCAGGCGAGUUGAUCCAAUCGAUCAAGGAGUUUGACGACGUGACCAAGCAGCAACUACUUGGUGAAAAUGCACUAGAGUUCUUGGGUUUGACAAAGGAUCGCUUCCUG